CACCUGUGCUCUGGCUAGCUUCUAGCUUCCUCGCCCCUUUUGCCCUCUCUCAUCAUCCACAUCUUCCAAAACAAACCAAGUUGUCAUACAGAUCGAGUGGCACAACCUCUGGAUGGACUUCGAUACGCUGAACUCUCACCCGGAGGCGCAGCUGGAGCUGAUGAACGCAAUGCUGCAGCUAGAGCAGCUCACCGCGCUCCCUGACCACGCCAUGCCGGUGCCCCCUUCUCCAUGCACGCAAGCCCCUCGUCACCAGUUCUCGUCGGCGCCUCACAUGGCGAGCGCCAACGCCGGCGGGGCCUACCACGACCCGUAUUCCCAGCUGCCGAACUCCGCCCCCUACAACGGCAGCCACCGUCGCUCCGAGUACACGGCGACGUCGCAGCCUCCACCCGACGGCGCUGGCGGCACGGGGCCGGCGGCCAUGCGGGAGAUGAUCUUCCGCAUCGCGGCGCUGCAGCCGGUGAACAUCGACCCGGACACGGUGCGCCCGCCGAAGCGCCGCAACGUGCGCAUCUCGACGGACCCGCAGAGCGUGGCGGCGAGGAUGCGGCGGGAGCGCAUCAGCGAGCGCAUCCGCAUCCUGCAGCGCCUCGUUCCGGGCGGGACCAAGAUGGACACCGCGUCCAUGCUGGACGAGGCCAUCCACUACGUCAAGUUCCUCAAGACGCAGGUGCAGUCCCUGGAGCGCGCGGCGGCGGCCAACGGCCAGUGCGCGCCGCCCAACGGCGCGGCGGCCGCCGAGGCCUACCAGGGCCUGAACGGGCCGUGGUAAGAUGAGAUCACGUCGGCCACCCGCAUGUGCUUACGGUCCGCGCGACAUGACAUAUAUGCAUGUGCAUGUGAUGACAUUAAUCGACGUUGAGCCUGGAGCAUCGCUCGUACGGCGAGGAAUGCGCGCGUUGAUAGCGUAUGUACGGUCCUGUUUUGUAAAUUGAGAUGUACUAGGAGACCUACUAGGUAGUAUGAGCACGAGUACUAGUACCGGGCAUGCUUGUUACUGAACUCGCAAGCCGGUCACAGCUCAUGCACAAGCUUAAAAUGUUGCUCAGCCUUGUACUCUUACUACUGCAUGCAUGUAUGCAUGCACCUAUCUUAUGAGUAAGUUUUUUUUAGGGCUAUCUUAUGAGUAAGUAU